UCGCUGGGCGGAGUUGCUGACGUGCUGGUGGCUCUGGAGAGGAGAGGGAGAGGGUGGUGGAGCGCCGCGCACCUGCAGCAUAGAAUUUGACAGAGAGAGAGAGAGAGAGACACACAUACACACACACACACAAGCGUAGAGCCAGCCCAGUGCAGCGCUUGAAGGAGAGCAAGGACGAGCAGCGCAGACUUGGCUCCCAGUCUCUCUCUCUCUGCUUUAUGAAGAGCAGAGACACCCACCACCAAAGAGGGCUUAUAUUUUAAUUUAAACUUUGCCCGACUUUAUUUUUCCGUCUGUGUGUGUGUGUGUAGUGUAGUGUUGUGUGUGUGCCCAGGGAUAAAUGCACUUGGCGAAAUGCAAACCACCGCUGCAAUCCUUCGGAUCGCUCUGCUUAUUUGCUUGGACGGGGCAACGGCGGCGGGUGUUGGAAGGGAAAUAACCGCCUGCAAGACUGGAUUUUCCGAAGAUGUAUAUGCAGUGUUUAUUUCCAGGACUGUAGCUGCGGGCCAGAGUUUUCUUCAAGUGGAAUUUGACGACUGUGCCAGUAAUCAAGACAUUCGGUAUCGGAGCAGUGACCCUGACUUCAAGGUGGGGAACAAUGGCACCCUCUACGCCACUCACACGCUGCACGUCCCCACGGACCAAGUGAAGUUCAUAGUGACUGCACGCAAUGUCAAGACUCAGGAGAAAUGGGAAACGGUGGUCAAACUACAUGUGAAGGCACCGGGAAGCUCAAUUCACAAUGACAACAAGGAUGAGAAGAAGGAUGUGCUGAGAGAGUCUCCACAGCAGUCGGAGGAUACGCUGUUCCCAUGGCGACAGCGGCAGACCUCCAGCGGCCUGAGGCGACAGAAGAGGGAUUGGGUCAUCCCUCCAAUCAAUGUUCCGGAGAAUUCCAGAGGGCCCUUCCCCAUCCAGCUGGUUCGGAUUCGCUCAGAUAAGGACAAGGAGAUCCUGAUCCGAUACAGCAUCACCGGGCCCGGUGCCGAUCAGCCCCCCAUGGAGAUUUUUGGUAUUGAUCAGGUUGCUGGUAAGAUGCACGUCAAGAGACCCCUGGAUCGCGAGGAUAUUGCAUCUUUUCAUCUGAGAGCACAUGCAGUUGACAUGAAUGGAAACAAGGUGGAAAACCCAAUUGACCUUUACAUCAAUGUUAUUGAUAUGAAUGAUAACCGCCCGGAGUUUGUGAACCAUCGAUUUAAUGGGAGCGUGGCUGAAGGAUCAAAGCCAGGUACAUAUGUGAUGACAGUAACUGCCAACGAUGCAGAUGACCCGACCACUGAGAACGGCAUGGUACGGUACCGCAUCUUGUCCCAGUUACCGAUGAGCCCUUCGCCAAACAUGUUCACCAUCAACAGUGAGAAUGGAGAUAUUGUCACCGUGGCGGCCGGACUUGAUCGCGAGAAAGUCCCUCGAUACACAAUUACCAUCCAGGCCACUGAUAUGGAUGGGAACCAGCAUCAUGGCCUUUCCAACACAGCAACGGCAAUGAUCAUAGUCAAUGAUGUGAAUGAUAACCCUCCUGAAUUUACCGCUGCCGCCUACUAUGGAGAAGUUCAAGAGAACAAAAGGGAAGUCAUCGUUGCCAAUUUGACAGUCACAGACCGAGACCAGACACACACGUCCAAUUGGAAUGCCUUGUACCGCAUUAUCAGUGGAGACUCAGCCCACCAUUUUGUAGUUAAGACAGACCCAAUCACCAAUGAGGGCAUGGUUAUUGUAGAAAAGCCUGUAGACUAUGAGAUAAACCGGGCCUUUGUGCUGACGGUGUUGGUGAUGAACCAAUCUCCACUGGCGAUGGGAAUUCAGUCCUCACUCCAGUCGACGGCAACAGUCACAAUCCCUGUCACGGACGUCAACGAGGCACCGUUUUUCAUCCCCAAUCCCAAGCUAAUCAGGCAGGAGGAAGAGAUGCCUCUGGGCACCCUGCUAACUACAUUUGCAGCUCAGGAUCCGGACCGCUUUAUGCAUCAGGCAAUACGAUAUUCUGAGCUGUCAGAUCCUGCAAACUGGCUGAACAUUAAUGCCACAACGGGUCAAAUCACAACCACAGCCAUCAUGGACCGAGAAUCCAGCUAUGUUAAAAAUAAUAUAUAUGAAGCGACAUUCCUGGCAGUUGACAAUGGCAAUCCCCUGGCAAGUGGAACUGGCACCAUUCAGAUUUAUCUCAUCGACGUCAAUGACAACGCGCCCGAGCUGAUUCCCAAAGAGACGCAGAUUUGCGAGAAGCCGAACCCGAAUGCAAUAAACAUCACGGCAGGGGACGCCGACAGAGAUCCAAAUAACGACCCGUUUGUGUUUGAACUGGUGUACAGGCCCCACAGUGUACGGCAGAACUGGACCAUCACCCGCUUGAACGGGGAUUCUGCUCAGCUCAGUUUGAGAAUUGGAUUCCUGAUCGCUGGUGUGUAUGAUAUUCCAAUCAUCAUCACAGAUUCUGGCAACCCUCCAUUAUCCAGCACCACUGUGAUUAAAGUGAAAGUCUGCCCUUGCGAUGAACAUGGAGAUUGUACAGCCAUAGGUGCUAUAGCAGCAGCUGGUUUAGGCACAGGAGCCAUCAUAGCAAUCCUCCUGUGCAUCAUCAUUUUGUUAAUUCUCGUCUUGCUGUUCGUGAUAUGGAUGAAACGCAGGGAUAAAGAACGGCAAACAAAACAACUUCUAAUCGACCCAGAGGAUGACGUUAGGGACAAUAUCCUGAAAUAUGAUGAGGAGGGUGGUGGUGAGGAGGAUCAGGAUUAUGACCUGAGUCAGCUUCAGCAACCAGAUGCACUAGAUCCUGUGUUGGCAAAGACUCCGGGGAUCAGGCGAGUCGACGAGCGACCGAUCGGAGCUGAAUCCCAGUAUCCCCUACGCCCAACGAUUCCACAUCCUGGAGAUAUCGGAGAUUUUAUUAAUGAGGGUCUCAGAGCAGCAGAUAACGAUCCCACGGCUCCGCCCUACGACUCCUUGCUGGUUUUCGAUUAUGAAGGAAGCGGUUCGACUGCGGGCUCGGUCAGUUCCCUCAACUCCUCCAGCUCCGGCGACCACGACUACGAUUAUCUCAACGACUGGGGGCCGCGAUUCAAGAAGUUAGCAGACAUGUACGGUGGUGGCGAUGAUGACUAACAGCAAUGCUGUGCGCCAGAAGUUGAAGGAACUGUACAAAAGAGGCAGCUUUUUUUCAUUAAUAUUCCCUGCUGACCAUAACAUUUUUAGUGGUGUGUUAGGUUUUUUUUAUUUUAGAACCUGAGCUGUCGGCAUGAAUGCUUGUUGUCUUUGCUGCAUAUUUUUGGUCAGUCAGCAGGAAUAUCGCUCGACAUUUGCUUUACAACUAAAGAGGAAAGGAGCUCUUUAUUAACUUGAAUUUCUUAGUACAGAAGCACUGUUUUUAAAGUGCCUUUUUGGUACAUUUUAACGGAUUCCCUCAAUCUCAGGAGUGAUUAAGAUUGAACCAUCUAUUGACCCCUGGUCCCCAUACUGGCUACAAAGAGAAAACGAAUGAAUCAGUUUAUUUCCACUCUGGUUAGAGGACCGAUUUUCCUUUUUUGCCUUUUAACCCGUCGGUGUAAAAUACAUUAAAACAAAAAAACUGUACAGAAACACGUUUAAUAACAACCACGUUUAAAACUGAGCAGUCAGUGGCUAAUCACAUUGUACAUGUUGUAUAGAGCUUAACUUUGAAAGUCUACUUGUCAAGCAGUGUAAAAAAUAAGGAUGGGGAAGGAAAUUCAGAAGGUCUGGUUAGUCUUCAUUAGUAUUAGUCAAUUUCUUUUCACAUCCCAAAGUAGAAUCAGCAUCACAUUAAUCGUAAUUUUUUUUUUUUUAAACAUUGAUAUCCAUUUGGUUUUCUUAGUAUAGCGUGUACAAAAUGUCGCAGAGCUUGGAGCAAACAUCAUCCGAUUAAUGUUAUGUGUAUAAUUGGAGCUUUUUGUUUCUUUCUUUGCAUGUUGUUUUAUAUUGAAUCUCGCAUGGCUGUGAUUCUUGCAAAAGAAUGAUUUCUUCUUGUGUUGUGCGUCCAACAUUUCAACACAAAUCAUUGCACAGUUUAGAGGAAAACUUUUUUUGUAAUGGUCAACAGCACAAAUAUUUUGUAUCGUUGUUUGUACCAUUUUGUACCAAAUAAAAAGGGAAGGUAGUCAAAGUUUUGAAUGCGUGUCUCUAGUGCCACUGCAGUUAUAGUUGAACUGAGUAACAGCUUUGCAAAUGUGUUGUGUACCAUAACAGAACUGGUGCAUAUGCUCAUGGCCCCUCCGUGUUAUUAUAAAUAAAGAUCCCCUUUUAAAAUA